UACUGCCGUUUGCUCCAACAUUCUAAACCUUCAGACGAUCCUUGCUGAAGUGCUUGGAAUCAGUGAUCAAUUUACAUUAUCCCAGCUGUAGCAACGCAGAAAUUCAUUUUUCUUUUGAUGAGUUAUUCUAUUACCAAGGAUAAGAACUUAUAAAUAAGCGUAGAAGCGAAGCCAUGGCAAAACAAGUCGAACACAUUAAAAGUGAAGAAGAAGCAAAGUGCGGUCUGAAAUACCACAACGACGAUUCCUCAGGUUCGCGCAAUGGCAGAAUGGUAAACAACAGGUUGCUGUCGGACAUAACGUUUAUUGUGGGGUCCGAAAAACAACGAAUCUACGCGCACAAGCUGCCCUUGGUGACGGCGUCGGAGUAUUUCUAUGCCUUGUUCUGUGGAAGCUUUGCUGAAGCGCAACUCGCGGAGAUCGAACUAAAGGAUGUAGAAGCAGAAACAUUUCUUACAAUCCUGCGUCUAAUUUACGGUGCUGAAAUAGAAAUCAACGAUGAAAAUAUUCGAGAUAUUUACGACCAUACGCAAAUGUACUUGUUGCCAACAUCGUACUACCAACCGCUGAUUAACUAUCUCAAGAAGCAGGUAGUCGAUAAGGAUUCAGCAAUGAAGAUCUUUCGCGAAAACCAUCACUACAAAUUUGAGCUCGUCGAUGAAGCAUGUUUGCCAUAUAUUCAAAACAACCCACUAUACUAUUUUAAAUUGGAAGGUUUUACCGAGAUUGAGGAAGAACGGAUGCUAAAGAUUAUUGGUUUGCAACAAAUCAAUUGCACUGAUGAACAGUUGCUUUGUGCACUCGAAAUGUGUGAGUUUACAAACGACAAAUAUGGCGCAAAGGAAUUGAAGAAGCUUGUAAAAGGAAAAAUACGUAAAUACUUUUCUCAUAAAUUACCUCUUCUUUAUUCUGCGAGUCUAACUUCUGAAGACCCCGGGAAUAAUGGAUUUACGCUGCAGGUCACAUCUCGUGAAUCGAUAGCAUUGUAUGGAAUGGGUGUAUACGUAAAACCUACCGAAGGUAAUGCUUUGGUUGCACUCUAUCGUCAAGCUGAUGAUCAAAAAUAUCGUGAAAUUUCGAGUUUAAACUUCGCUAAAAGAAGCAAUCCAUGUUUAGAGAUAGUGGAUUUGAUGUUCGAAGAAAUGGAAAUGCUAAAAGAUAAAACAUAUGCCUUUUUUAUAUCAAUGGAAAACAGUAAUGGUUAUGUUAUCUACUCUGGUGGUGAUGAUCUUCAUCCGUCAUUAGUACAUGACAAUAUUAAAAUAUCUUUCAGCUUUGAUUUUAGUAAUUCUCACGCUAUUGCCCAUUUGUGGGUCAAGUGUUCUGAAUGCGGAGUCAGAUCAAAACAAGCCUCGCAAUCGUGUUGCCAAUAUUAAAACGAAAAUUUAUAAUUGCAAGUUGGAAUAUUAUUGUU